AUGGACUUUCUCAAUAUUGGUACUGGCGGGCGAGCCCGUAGUGGCCGACGCAGUAGCGCGGAUUGGGACGACUCCGUCCUGGGCAGUGCUGCAGCGCCGGUAGCCUCGGCCGACCCGCUCAGCUUUUUGAGGGAACCCUUGAAGAGCCCCGCUGGUCCCAAGCCAAGCAACCCUGUCGUGGAGCCAGCUCGCUCCAAGACCGGCAACACCGCCAAGCGGCCACCCGUCAGUGGGACGCCCCGACAUGAGCGCCACGAGCGUCAUGCACGUCACCGGGACAGCGAGACGAACAAAUCAGCAUCCGCCCUCGCCCAACUCAAAUCGCGCAUGGCCGCCAAGGGAUCCGCCAGCGAGACGACGGCGCUGCCCACGGCUGUAACUGCUUCUACAAGUUCCAAGCUCUUGGCCACCUCAGAAGCGAAGCCUGGCGAGCACGGGGCGCGGGCCGUGGCCACCCACGUGCCACUCGGCCCUCGCGACGAGGACGCAGAACUGAGUGAUUGGUGUCAGCACUUGGCCCCGGUCAUGCAACAGCUCGUUAGCAAUCGCAUCGACUGGCUCUGCUCAUCGAGUCGCCUCAGCUUUGGUGUCAUGAGUCCAGGCAAGAUCGUCAUUGCCAUAGAUGACCAAGAUGCCUCCACCAUUUGCCACUUUAUCAAGGCUGCUCAGGCACUGCUGCGCGAUCAGCUCAAGCAGACUUUAUCAAUGGGCUGGAUCACGCCCUCGGCAACUGAGCUAUCGCCCAUUGAGCGCGGCGCCCUGAGUGAAGUGGCGUAUGCAAAAGCUCUAAAUGACCAACUUCUAUCGUUGCAUGCCCAAUUGGCUACCCAUACAUGUCCCAGCAACCCGCCCAGUGUGCCUGUGGAUGGUCGCUUGGCCAUUGAUCUGGGGCUUCGUCACGAUGCCGCCUCUUUGGUGCGCCCGCGCUCCACGGCUGGCAGCACCGUUGCCAAGGCCUUUUUACAGCUGACCCGCCAGCGUGCCGAUGGCUUGGAUCUUCCUGAGCUCCUGACCCACGUGCUCACUCGAGCUGUAGAUGAUGCCUACAUCAUUUUCACUGGCCCAUUGUGUCGGUCACAGCUCCAACCAAUCCUUGCCCAGCUGCGGGACCAAUACCCAAACACAAGUGUUCAUUUUGUGUUGUUUCAUCUCACCGAUCCAGACGUCAUUAAUAUUGCCCGCGAUGCCGCGACGAUCUUCGGCGGCACCGUUCACUGCUGCUCGAGUGCUGGCUCGACCAGCACUGACCUUUUGCUUUUGCAACAAGAACUCAAAGAGCUCAAGCGCAUGUCUCCCGAUUUUGGGGCUGCGUUGCUCGACCUCGCUCGGGCACAAGCGACUAAAGAUGCCAAAACGACCUCGCGAAGCAGUACCGCAGCUGGAAAAUCCUCCAAAGGGCCGGGGUCACAGCGACCCGUCUCUGCAACCAAGUCCACAGCCCAUUCCCCCAAAACCGCAUCCAACAUCGUCGGCAAGAAUACGGCAUCCAAGCGGCAACCAAACGUGGGCAAGCAGCAUGUAGGAGACGCACCAACGCGCCGCACCCAGUCUGGGCCCACCUCGCAGCCGGCGACGAUUCGCAGCAAACCCAGUUCGCGACAAGACCACACCCGGCGCAAUGAGAUGGUCAUGGAUACCCUCCGCGAACUAGCCACACUCAAGAAGACCAAAAAUGCAGAUGGCGCGGCAGCGCUCACAAAGGCGGUGAAGGCAAGCAAAACGCGGGAGCAUUCAGAGCAAUGGCUGGAGGUUUUCAGCUGGGCUUGCAUUGAAGAGGCGACGCAGCAGGCGGCUUCAAGACCAGGACACGAACGCUUCCUCGACAAAUCGCUCCACCGUGUUGCACACUCCUUGUACCAGCAACGCCUGUGCUUCUUACGCAGCGAGAGUCAGUCCGUGUUUGGUGUUAUUGCGGGCGACGAGGUGGCACUUGGAAUCGAUGCCAACUUGUCUGACCGGCGCCUCCUGAUCGACGACCUCUCUCUGCUUUUGAAGGAGCAAUUGAGCGCGACCGCUCGAGUGGACGUGGUGUCGCUUCGGGCCGGCAAGCUAUCCGAAGCCAGUCAGCGACACGCUGAACAGCUGGGUGCGACAGAACUUCAAGCGCUGUUCAACUUCUUUCAACAGCUUGAUCCCUACGCUCCAAGCCCACAAUCUCGGCACGAGCGCCAAGGGUUGCUGGCCAAGCUUUCUGACACGUGGUCACGUCUCAGCGCGCUGCUGACGGGUCAUGGUCACGAGACUCCACGCCACGAUUCGACGGCAAACUUGGAGGUCGUGGAUGAAAACGGCUUGGACGUGCUGAUGUUACUUGAAGCCCUCCUGCGUACUCCUGUCACCCACAACUAUCUCAUUCUUACUAGUCCCCUCAAUCGUGUGCGCGCAUUGCAUGCGCGCUUCGCUACGCAGCGAGUACACGUGGUCGUGUACAAUCUACGGGACGACAAUGCCUUGGCUCUGGCGUCUUUUGUGGCCGAGACCUUUAGAGGCACGAUUCAUGUGUGCCAUCCCUUGGGUUGUGCCAGCACAGACUGUGACUUGAUUGAAGAAGAGUUGGAUCAUGUGAAAGCGGCCGUCCGUCGUGCAGCCGCGGCGGCAAAAGAGGCGGCAGAAGAGCGGCGUCAGCGGGUCAAGCAACGUACCGCAAGGCGACGCGGCAGCGCCGUUGAUGCUGCUUCUGAAGGUACCGCUGCCAGUGGUCAUGCUCAGAUCAAACUUGAGCAUACCAAACCUGUGGCUCACCACAACAUUCCGUUUGACGCACGCGCGUCGUCCAAGGACUGGUUGGAUAGCUUUGGCCUCUUUGCCUUGGGCCUGACGCCGUGGCAGGUGUUUCGGCCCUACGCGCAACGAGCUGAUCGCCAUGGUCAGCUGCUGGGCGCAACAUACAAAACGACAGUGCCGUUGCAAUGGUCAGAUGGUGGCCAGCGGUUGGUCAGUGUUGAUCCCGCAGUCUUUGCCAACUAUUAUCAGCAGCUGCUCAAAGUCGAAGCGGCCUUCCAACACCGCCUUGAUUGGCUCGGCACAGGAUCGCGGCGGUGCUUUGGUUGCGUCUGGGAGCCCGUGGUGACGCUGGUCAUUGAGGCCAGUGUGUCUACCAAACCCACAUGGCCCCUCUUGCUACGCCAUUGCAAGCGUGUCAUCACCGAGCAGUUGGCACACACAACCCACUUUAACGUGAUUCUUUAUCACGGCUGCAUGCAUGCGUUCAGCCCCCAUGUGAUCCCGACAAGCGGUGGUGCGCUGAAGGAGUGCUGGCAAUGGCUCAAGGCGUGGAGCAUCGCGGAAACGCACACCGGCCGUUGUGUGCGAGAAGUCUUGCUGUCAGCAGUGGACAACUUGGAGCCUCAGGUCCAUGGCGAUCAUGGCAUUUAUCUGCUGCAAACGGGUGUCUGUGCCGACGCGGAGAACGUCAUCUCUGAAGCUCGGCAGCAAACACAAUCGUGCUUUGUGCGCGCCGCUCACGUGUCACACGCCUGCUUGCAUUUCAGAGCUCUGCUUCAGGAGGCGCGAACACGCAUCCACACAAUUUCCUACAAUAGCCACGGCGCGCUUCCAGAUCGUAUCCCCGCUUCCCAAUUGGAAGCAGCCAAGAAUGAUCGUGAGGGCAGUGCGGACUUCAAGACCAGUGCCGGCGAAACCGAGGACGCAAUGCUGCGCGAGUUGAACCGCGAGCUGGAGAUUUUCAGCGCCUGGAUGCAUGUGCGCUACAGUGCCGAGCAACAGCGCCAGCUCGUUCGUGAUCUUCUCCAUGAUCCAUCUGCGAGUGCCGUGUUUCAGAACGCUGAUGACGCGCCCGAUCCGAUUUGUCUUUGCCACGGCGAUGAUAUUUAUCAGUUGCGAGUCGAGCUCCUUCGAUCCUCGCAGUACCGUGGCAUGGUCUUGUCCAUGCUGUUUGCCAUGCAUUGUGACAUGGCUACGAAGACUCGAGCGUUGUUCCAAGAGCGCAGGCUGUUUUUACCACCCGACUUGGAGGACGCCCUGGCUGAAAAGCAGCGUGCCUUUGAGGAGGCUGACUGGCGAGGUUCUGAUGCCAGCCACGACGAAAGCGAAACGGAGAGUUUUGACGGUCAAAGUGUGGGGGGCGAUGGCCGCACCCGCCCUGGCGAGCUGCCCGCCUAUUUGCAACGGCGCAAAGCCGAGCUGGCUCGCGCUAAAAGUCAGCAUGCACGCAGUCAACGGCGGCUGCGCGGCCUGCCCACGACGGACCCAGGCACUGGCAAGCAAAACCGGCGCUCAAGCCAGUCAAGCAAAGCGCGCCGCCCCGGUCCACCUCCACCUCCUUUGCCCGUCGACGUGAACGUGGACGAUCAGACAUGGCUCGAAACCAACGGCACACGCAUUCAGCAGCUCUCGGUUGAGCAGUUUCUGGCCACCAACAGCGUUUUGCGACCUGCAGACGAGUCAUAUUCAGGUGUGGGCACCAUGUAUUUGACGCGGUGGCCCAGUAAGCGGCGCAGUCGGCGGGGGGGUCAGCUGCUGGAGUGGCGAGUCAUGGCGCGUCCCCAUGAAGUGGCCCAGCAUCAAGCUCGCUUAGCAGACUUGAUUACGCUCUAUGAACAGCGUAGGCUCUGGCGUGAGGCGCACCCCGAGGCAGGGUACAAUGCGUACGAUGGCCAAGAGGAGGACAUGAGUGGUACAGAGAUUGCGGCCGAGGAGCGAGCAGCUGCCGAUGCAGAACGAUUGGCUCGGGAGCUAUCGCGGGCGCGCCACUAUGUAUCGGAUGCUCAGCAGCUAGCCGAUGCUGUAUCCGCGGCCAUCGAGAGUCUGCCUCGUGCGGAGCGCUCCGCUCGGCCUGACCCACGCACGCUACAGCCACGAUGGAAUGAGGGGGGCAGUUCUAUGCGCCGAACUCAUAAGCGCCGAGGCUCACGAGCAGAUGCGUCUUUGGCCAUGGUAGAGUCUGUCGCACUUGCACCUGAAGCUUCGGAGCGUGAACACGUGGCAGCGCCCCCCAUAUCAGCGCCGCCCACCCGGGCCCACUUGUUGCGGCAGCGUUUUAAUGCGUGGCGAUACCCGGAGCAAUUCCAGUCAGCCGACACGCCAGCAGAUAUUUUAAUUUUGGAUGAGGCAACGGCAGAAGCAGAAGGCGAAGAAGAUGUUAUUGCAGCGUCUGGUGCUGGGGGUAGGGCGCUUGUGGUCGAUGGCGCACAGGCCGCGCCGCUCGUGGUCGACUACGUGAAUCCUUCACGGGGUGAAGUGGCACCGUCGCGAGCGGACGAACUGGAUCAGCCAGCAUUGGAAGCAGCCAGACUGCCGCCGCAUGGCCGUGGUCCGUUGGAGCAGUCAUCUCGAGCCGCCCAGACUCUACCUCGUCAAGCAAAGCCCAUCGGUGUCCGAGUGAGCUCGCCCACGGAAACGAGUGGGCAAGGCCAUCUGGAUGCCAGCUUGAGCGAGGACGACGUGGAUUGGGAUGCAGUCAUUUUGUCGCGGCAUGCCAACGUGCGGCGGGUGGCUGCGGCACUUGAUGACCUGGAGCAGGUCGAGUCACGCCUAAGGCAGCAGGCCAUGCGUCCUCGAACAGCUGGUGCAGCUUCGGCCGUGCAACCUCUACCAGAUGCGACAGCGGCAGCACGUCGAAAGGGCCAUGAAGCAACAUCGAUCCGGCCCUUUCCCGGCUGGCGCAAGUCCAAGGCUGACUCCCGUGUAGGUGCCUCGCGGAAAGACGAGGGCGUGCUCCAGCGAGCACCCGCUGCGCACGUGAUGAGCGCAACGGGCUUGCCCGGACCCAGUUUACGCAGUGAGCCACAGGCGCCACCCACGUUUGCUCAUCCUGAGCACACGGUGUUUGUGACGGGUGUUGCAGACACCGCAGAGGACUGGGAUCUUUUCAACUUUUUUGUCACCCGCCAAAGUGCCCAUCCGGCGCACGUCUAUUUGCCCUGGGACUUUGAUCGUAAGCGGAAUGCAGGCUAUGCCUACGUGGCCUUUGGCUCGGCAGAUGAGGUCCAGCGUGCUUUACAGGCGGACGGCCUCAUUCUCCAGGGCCAGACGGUGCGGGUGAAACCCUGUGCGGCUCCCCAGGACACGAUCAAAGAUCAGGAGGCUUUGCAGGAUAUGGACAUUAUGAGCGUUAUGAGCAUGCCACUGAGCCAGGAUUUCUCAGCCGCUGGGCUGUGA